AUGCUAGAAGAAAUCUACCGCACGCACGGUCACCUGCUCCUAGCGACAAACCCCGCGAACGGUCGACGACUGCUCUAUUGCUCCAUUCCGAAGGUGGGCAACACUAGCCUCAAAACGUUUCUGCUCGGUUUGGACAAGCGCCACAUAGGAAAAUACACCGAUGACUCGAUGCACUACUACAUCAGAACCGCAAUGGGUCUGCCGAGACUAUUGAACCAGAAACGCGUUAACGCGUCCACAAUAAACAAAACCUUCAAGGUAAUGUUUGUUAGACAUCCGUUCGAACGUCUGGUGUCCUUUUUCCUGGACAAAGGUCGACGCAACACCAAGACUGGUGACCACUACUACUACAAAUACUGGAACAAGGCCAUGGCGAAGGCAAGGGGGGGCAAGGUCGACACGAAGAAGGACGUUAUAAAGUUCUCCGAAUUUGUGAAUAUAAUCCUCACCACAGAACCCGCCACUUAUGAUCUUCACUGGCAGUUGUACUCCGACAGGUGCAAGCCCUGCUGGGUGAAUUAUAACUACAUCGGCACCUUGGACGACCUGCACAAGAUGAACGAAUUGAUAGGUGCCAAAGAGGAGCUCAAUCUGUGGGAGAACAAGGGCCCCAGCAACACGAAUAACGCGACGCUGGUGCUCUUCUCGCAGCUCCCAAAGUCGACGGUGAUGAAACUGUACAGGAUAUACUAUCCAGACUUUCUCAUGUUCGGCUUUCCGAUAGACGACUACUUGAGUGUGGCGAAGUCUGAGUGA